AUGGCUCUCGCCCACCAGAUCACCAACCAGCCGCUCCUCUCCUCCCCGCCGUGCCUCCCAAGAACCAACGGUAGCAAUGCGCGGACGGCGAGGGCGCCGUUUCUUGGCCACAACUGCUGCCUGAAGCUUCGGGAUACGGCGAGGAGCUGCGUCGUCGUCCGCGCGUCUCCGUCGGCUCAGGCGGAGCCCAAGUCCGGAGAUGGGGACGGGGAUGGAGGCCAGGAGCCGUACGAUGAGUACGAAGUGGAGAUCCUGAAGCCGUACGGGCUCAAGUUCGCCAAGGGCCGCGACGGCGGCACCUACAUCGAGGCCAUCUUCCCCGGCUCCUCCGCCGAGCAGAUCGGCAAGUUCACCGUCGGCGACAAGGUUAUUGCCACCAGCGCCGUUUUUGGAGAGGAAAUCUGGCCGGCGGCAGGGUACGGCCAGACCAUGUACUGCAUCCGCCAGCGAGUUGGCCCUCUCUACAUGAAGAUGCAGAAGAAAUUUGGGAAAUGGGACGGUGCUGCUGAGUUCUCUGACAAGGAGGUCAUCAGGGCUGAAAGGAACACCGGAAAUGUCAGCACUAAACUCAGAGAGAUUCAGAUGCAAAAUUACCAGAAGAAGAUGGAGCAGAAGAUCCAAAGAGAAGAUGACCUUCGCAUGGGGCUAAAGCUGUACAAGGAUGGAAAAUACGAGGAGGCGUUGGAGAAGUUCGAGUCGGUGCUGGGGUCAAAACCAGAGAUUGAUGAAGCUUCCGUAGCCAGCUACAAUGUCGCGUGCUGUUAUUCAAAGCUCGACCGGAUACAAGCUGGUCUUUCUGCACUUGAAGAAGCGAUGAAAGCAGGCUAUGAAGACUUCAAGAGGAUUCGCACCGACCCGGAUUUAGCAAACUUGAGGAACUCGGAGGAGUUCGCCACCCUACUAAACAAGUACGAUGAAUCAUUUAUCAACGAGAACGCCAUCAAUGCUAUCAAAUCCAUAUUUGGAUUCGUUUUAGUUUUAGUUUGUUCUUGCUGA